AUGAGCACUGAGGUAAACGGGAAUGAAGCUCAAGAAGCUGAAGCAGCAGUAGCAGCAGCAGCACAAGCUCAAGAAGCUGAAGCAGCGGCGGCGGCAGCAGUCGCAGCACAAUUUAGGCGGGCGCCGAAAUUGAAUCAGAGGAUUCUUUCAACAUUAUCAAGGAGAUCUGUUGCUGCUCAUCCUUGGCAUGAUCUUGACAUAGGUCCCGGAGCUCCCCAAAUUUUCAACUGUGUUGUUGAGAUUACAAAGGGAAGUAAAGUCAAAUAUGAACUCGACAAAAAAACCGGUCUCAUCAAGGUUGAUCGGAUCUUAUAUUCGUCGGUGGUCUAUCCUCACAACUAUGGUUUCAUUCCUCGAACACUUUGUGAAGAUAAUGACCCAAUGGAUGCAUUAAUCCUCAUGCAGGAACCGGUCCUUCCUGGUUGUUUUCUUCGAGCUAGGGCCAUUGGACUGAUGCCUAUGAUUGACCAGGGAGAGAAGGAUGAUAAAAUCAUUGCAGUUUGUGCUGAUGAUCCGGAAUAUCGCCACUACACUGAUAUCUCACAACUUGCUCCUCAUCGUCUGAUGGAGAUUCGUCGUUUCUUCGAAGACUACAAGAAGAAUGAGAACAAAGAGGUUGCAGUUAAUGAUUUUUUGCCUUCAACUAAUGCAUAUGAAGCUAUCCAAUACUCCAUGGACCUCUAUGCUGAGUACAUCUUAUGCACGUUGAGGACAUAGAUCGAUGGGGGUUGUUCCUUAAUAAUUCGAUACAUCGGUGAUACUAAGCAAAUAAGAGAUUGCAAACUCAUUAUUUAUACUGAAUUUUAAAUAUUUUAUAUGCUUCUGUGGUAGAAAUUUCGUGACAUGAAAAUGAGUGAAGUCUUUGUAUUAAUUCAAUAUUUUUGUUCUUGGAUUUCAAUUAAAGUUUUAAUUCUUAC